GAUCUAGUGGCAAUAGGGGGCAGGGAUACGUCCAUGUUUCUAUUUAGAGCACUGGGGAAAAUCCUUUACUGUAAAAGAGUUGAACCGAAGAUUGAUGCAGAUAAGCAACAUAUACCACCUCAUUUACAACAUCAUGACAGAGAUAACUUGAAAUUUAACCCAGAGGAUGUUAUUUGUCAAACUCAAAUAAGUAGUGAUAUGUUCAACCUCUACUUGCAUCAGAACUAUCUUGAGUUUUACACUCGAGUGGAUGAUGUAGUACGAGGGAGUGAGUAUCUAAGUGAUGCAGAUCUAAUUUCUUCUAAUUUUUCACAUCGUAGUAUUUUAUCGGAGUAUAGCAGUUGUAUAUCAACAAGAGGUUUAAUACAUUGUAACUCAUCCAAGAGUCGACACAGUACAGCUACAAGUGGCAUGGGAUGGAAAACUCUACAUAAGCCACAAUGGUGGCAGGUUGCCAAACAGUGCCGUGAGAAUACGUUAUCAGCGAAAGCAUUAUUUAUUGGUCAUUGCUGGACACCAGUAGCAUUACACACACAACUAUUACCAUAUUUAAGCCGCAUUAAUUCGCCAUUGAAUAACAAAGGUCAAAUUUCUCUUCUUCAAGAACUGAAUAGCUUUUCAACAUCAACAAGGGCAAGGGUUGAAAGAUUGAAUGAAAGAGAUGUUGAAACCAUGGAAGGGGAUGAUUCCUGCUCUCAGAUUUCUACAGUUAAUGAUUGUAAUGAUAUGGACAGCACUCUGAAGUCGAGUUUAUAUGAUAAUGAUAUACACAUUGGAGAUUUUGAUGAUGAUAACAACAUAGAUGAUUUUUAUGAAGAUGAUGAUUGGUGAAAUAUAUUUUAAUUAGCUUAACAGAAAUCGAAGGAAGAUAUUGAAGAAAAUAUAAAUUAUUAUUUCAAUUCGGAAUGCUUGUAGAAAUUUGUCAGAAAAUUAUGAAUUUUAAAGCCCU